AUGGAGCAACCAAAGCAGUGGCUCACAGAGACGUAUGAGGAGGAGCUAGCUUACAUGUACCAGGAAGAGGAGGAGCCGCUACGUGACCGUCAAGGCCAGUACUGCACGUCGUUCUAUCCAUCUCGCAGCUCCAAUUUCCCGAGCUUUGGGGGCGAGAGCCCGAACGAGCUGGGGCAGCCAUCUCCAGCUCCGUCGCCAUCAGUCAACUUCCUCUCCUUUGGCGCUGGCCAGGCUAACACCCUCGACUUCUCCGCCUCCGAAGGAGCCUACGAUGGACUCCAAUUCCAGGGUACGAAGCAGCAGCUGCAGGCGCCCGAGAGGCAGGGAAGGGCGACGGCAAGCGCGCAAGAGCACGUCAUCGCCGAGCGCAAGCGGCGGGAGAAGCUACAACUGCAGUUCGUGUCCCUGGCCACCAUCGUCCCAGGCGUUAAGAAGGCAGACAGGAUCUCUCUCCUUGGGAGCACCAUCGACUACGUGAAGCAGCUGGAGGAGAAGGUGAAGACCAUGGGAGAGCAAGGCCAGCAGAGGUCGCCAGAGUGCACCGUGUUCGAGAGCAAGUGCAGCAUAUCCGCCGCGGACAAGGACGACUCAGCAGGCCCCAGCAGGAGCAGCUCCGAGUCAGACGACGCCGAGUACUCGAACCCGGUGGACGUUGAGGCCAGCAUCCGCGGGAACACGGUGCUCCUGAAAAUCUGCUGCAAGGAGAGGAGGGGGGUGCUAGUGAUGGUGCUCUCCGAGCUCGAGAACCAGGGCCUCUCCAUCAUAACCACCAACGUCCUACCGUUCACGGACUCCUCGCUCAACAUCACCAUCACCGCAAAGGCAAGCCCUCUCUGCCCUCCACUGCUCAGAAGAUUACUUCCAAGAGGAAGAAGAAUGCUCUCUUAG